AACAUUGACAUAUCAAAAUAUAUUUCUUCAAGUUCACAACGCAACUAUAUCAUAUAGAUUACUCAAUAGUUAAUAGACAAAUAGAAUACAAAUUAAAAAUGAUGCAUUUAAAACCUCGAAAGAUAUACAGUAUAUGGAUAUUAAAAGAACUUAUUAUUCGCUAAAACAAAUGAAACUAAGAAAUACUCCGUAACAAAUGACAAUAUAGGUUAAUAACUACUCAAAAUUUAGACAAAUAAAAUUAAUAUAAGUUCAGAUAAAUCAAAAUAAAUAAAAGCGUACUUAAAUUGAUUUCGACUUUACAACCCUAAAUUUAGGUAAUUGAGGGACAUUCCCCUAAAAAAAAAAAAAAAAAAAAAAGUAAUUGAGUGAGGACUUUACACAAGCACUUUAGCAUAAGAUUAGCCCACACUCCCCAUAGAAGCGCGUAUCUUUAGCUUAUAUCCCAUGUGUGACCCCAUCUCUGCCACUCUCUCUGCAUUAAAAUCUUUGCCGUCACUCCCUUCUUUCUCUCUCCUGAUUCCCUACUUAGCUUAAAUCCACCCAUCUUUCAUCCCUCAUUCCUUCCUCUUCCUCUCUUUCUCACUCAAGAUCUAAACUAUCACUCUUAAUUUUCUAGUACACUCUACUACUAUUCAUCAACAUUUGAUCCAUCAUUUCCUUGCAUUUUUAUAAUUAUGGCUCCACUUCCUCAUUUCUUCAAAAAUGUCUUCUUCUUUUACUUACUAUUUAUUUCAUCUUCAUUUCUAGUUUUUGCCACUUCUCAAAAUCUACUUCUACCUCGAAGAGCUUUGUUAGAUAAAACACUACUCCAAGAUGAUGAAGAUGAAAUUCCCAAAAUCAAAAUCAAGAAAUCUUCCACUUCUUCUUCUACUAAAAACCAAACUAAACCAAUCAUCAAAUCUCCUCCUUCUUCUUCCUCUAAAAACCUAGUCACUAAUAAUUCUUCCAAAAAAAACCAAACUAAACCCAUUUUAACUACAACACAAAAAACCUCGUCUUCUUCCAAAAAUAAAACCUCCUCCAAAAAUGUCGGUGCUCCACCUACUCUCACUAAACUCAACCUUAAGUCCACCAAACCCAAACCCAAACCCGUAGAUCUACCCAAACCUAAAUCAUCAUCAACCCAAAUUACCAAAACACCCUCAUCCGAUCCUUCCAAAAAAACCCAAAAACAAAAAACCCAGAAACCUCCAUCAAUGUUAAACAACAACGAUGAAGAAGACGACUACGAUUUCAUGGCAGAAUUCCGAGAUUUCACAAACAAAUUCCAUAAAACAUUCAUCCCAGAUUUACACAAAUUCUCAACAACUUCGAAAAUCUACUUAGCAAAAGCAAACAAUGAGAUCACAAACAAUUACAUCAAACCAUAUGUAGGUAAACAAUAUCAUUCUUCAGCAUCAACUGCUAUUUCAUUCGCUUUUAUCAUUCUUCCAUUUUUACUGGUAUCUCUACUUUUUAACCGCAUUACUGCGUAUUUCUCCCUCCAAAAACUCAUCAUUUUUAUCCAGAUUUACCUCUCAAUUUACUUCUCAAUCUUAUGCUUCUCUAGUUUAGUUACUGGGUUAGAGCCGUUGAGGUUUUUUUACGCUACUUCGCAGUCAACCUAUGUUUGGUUGCAAGUUUUGCAGACUCUUGGAUAUGUUAUGUAUUUGUUGAUGUUGAUGAUGUAUUUGAUUCUUGUGUUUUCUACUGAGUCUGGGCUGGGCCAGAAGUUCUUGGGCUUGGCCCAGACUUUUGUGGGCUUUGCUGUUGGGUUUCAUUAUUAUAUGACGGUGUUUCAUCGUGCGGUGUUGCAUCAACCCCCUAAGACUAGUUGGAAAGUUCAUGGGAUCUAUGCCACGUGUUUUCUUGUUAUUUGUCUCUUUGCACGUGCUGAUCGCACGAAGAAAGCUUACCUUGACGAAGAGGGUGUUGAAGAAGGCAAAAUUAAUUAAAUUUACUAUUACACUUUUUUUUUUCCUUUUUACUCAUAAUUUAUAAAGUCAAAUAGUUUUUUUUGGUAUUUGUUUUUUUUUUUUUUUUUUUUGGGUCUCAUAAAGUGAGGGGAAAAAUUCGCUUUUCUCGCUUUCUUUGUUAGAAUUUUAAUUUUUAAUAAUUUACUAUAUAUGGUCUAUUGAGUAAUAUUAUAAAUUAUUGUUGUAGCUUCUUAGUAUUUAAGAUCUUACAAUUGUACUUAUAGAUCAUACCUUUGCCAACUGUAUUGUAUAGUAUUUUUAAUAUAAAUGUCAUGCAUAAAUGAUUUUACUUCAAUUCCUUUUUUGGCUAGUUC